AUGGAGCCACUUAGUCACGAGUGUGGCAGCAGUGAAGCCUUCACAUUUGCCACUCAGCCCAGUGCAGCCAGCACCCACCUGCCCCUGGAAAGGUCUGACAAGGCUCAAGGUGUGUCCUCCCCAGGUUGCCUGAAGGAGGGCCUUACCUCAUCUUCUGUCCUUAGGGCUAAUCUUCAGGACACCCUGGACAGCAUCCAAGAGACCCCGGUCGCGCUCUGGCUUCUGCUGAGCCGCACGAUGUCCUUUAGAGCUGCCUGGAGCUUGGUGCUGAGGAAAGGAGGACUUGGAAUGCGAGGGAUCCACAGCCCAGGAGGCACUGCCCACGGCAAGGAGAAGAUGCCCCCCUACACCAACUACCAUGCCCAGCGCUCCUACCCCAUGCCCGAAGAGCCCUUCUGCACGGAGCUCAACGCAGAGCAGCAGGCCCUGAAGGAGAAGGAGAAGGGCAGCUGGACGCAGCUGAGCCACGCUGAGAAGGUGGCCCUGUACCGGCUCCAGUUCCAUGAGACCUUCACAGAGAUGAACCGUCGCUCCAACGAGUGGAAGACAGUGAUGGGCUGUGUCUUCGUCUUCUUUGGAUUCACAGGUCUGCUGAUUUGGUGGCAGCGGGUCUAUGUGUUCCCUAAGAAACCCAUCACCCUGAUGGAUGAGUGGAAGGCCCAGCAGCUCCAGCGCAUCCUGGACAUGAAGGGCAACCCUGUGCAAGGCCUGGCCUCCCGGUGGGACUAUGAGAAGAAGGAGUGGAAGAAGUGACGUGGCAUCCCAGCUGCUCGCGCUGCAACCCUGCC